AUGCACGCCAAUCCCAUCAGCAUGUCUAUCCGCACAACCAUGUUCCUUGGCCGACUAAACCCCGCCGCGCCCUCGCUCGCCGGCGCUCUCCGCCCCCUCCAGACCACUCCCCAGAUGGCAUCCAAGCAACUCACACGCCUUAGCUCCACGACAGCUCGCCCGGCUGCCGCAACACUAAACGUAGACUUCCGGCCACAAAUCAAGGCUGUGUCACCAUCACCCAUUGCCCUGCGCGCAAACUCGACCUCAGCACCCGCCAACAACGAAGUCAAGCUCGACUGGGACUCCUUCUUCAAGCUCCGCGCUUCCCGCCGCCGAUACUCCCUCGUCUCCUCAGUUGCCAGCUCCGCUAUCAGCACCAGCGUCGGCAUCCAGGUCCUGUCCGGCCAGGACCUUGAACAUCUCGGCGCGACGGUUAUGGGUCUCGAUCCGUUUAUCGUCCUGGGAUUGGCGACCGCCGCGUGCGGUGCUGUUGGAUGGCUUCUUGGACCGGCUCUCGGAAAUGGCAUUUGGGGUCUUGUGUACAGGAAGUACAAGCCCUCUGUCAAUACGAAAGAGAAGGAGUUCUUCGAUCGCAUUCGCCGGUUCCGUGUCGAUCCCUCGACCAACUCGAUCUCUAACCCUGUUCCCGAUUACUACGGCGAGAAGAUUGGCAGCGUGGCGGGCUACCGAAACUGGCUGAAAGAUCAGAGGGCUUACAACCGCAAGCGCCGCAACUUCAUUGCGUAA